AUGCGGCCGGACAUUGUCGCUUUUCUCCUGUUUCUGGGCCAUUGUGACGGCUUCCAGCCUGUCAAAAUAAGUAUUCGGAAGAGUGAAAAGGUGAGUGAUCGGCUAAUUAAGGGGUUUGAGUCUGUUUGAGAGUGAUGUUCCAAUGUUAAGAGGUUUGAAGCAACCACAGAAGACCCCGACGCCUACAAUAGUUACGAUCCAUUUGAUCUCAACGGUAAGUUAUUUUGACUUCUCUCUAAGGCCAAUGAUUUGCUGUUCAGAUGCCUCAUUCUUCUCCGAUGUCACAAAUAGCUCCAAACGAAUCAAACUUCAAUUGGAAACGGCUCAGUUUAUUCAAAAGUUCGGAGCUCAGGAACUUUUGAACAUUAUCCUAAGGAAAGUUCAAAAUGUGAACUUGCCACAAGACUCCAAAGGAGCCAUCAACAGCUUUCUAGAUUUUGUAGAGGAUGUGAGUGCUUUUCUGUUUUUUUUUUCGAUUCAACCUGAUUUAUUCUCAGCUGAUAUACAGUAACGCGGCUGAGCGAAUCGAGCAGAAGCUGAAGAUGGACAUGAGCCAGCAGGCAUCCGGAAAACGGAAGUUGCACAUGGGAGAAGCGACGACAGGGAUUGAGAAGGAGAAGACAGAGUACGGAGACGCAAAGGAUCACAGAAGGAGGGAUGCUCCGGCGCUCGCGCAGAACGCUGUGCUCAUCGAUGCGGACGAGAACUAUCCGGCUGUUCGGCAGCCUUUGGAACCCACCAAACUGAUGUUCUUCACGCACAAUAACGAGCCGAACUUCCUUCGAGAAGAGUCGGUCGUUUCGCAUGAUAUCAGAAAGUCCCCGGGAAAUCCGAAUAAGAGACGAACACGGCUGACGAAAACUCAAUUGGAAAAGGCAACGCUUCGAACUUUGCAAAUUUUAUGUAACUAAACACUUUUCAGGCAAUCAAAAGUGCAGAAAGGGAAGCGCGGGAGCUUGAAAUGGAGAAGAUUCUGAAGAGGAGAAGGGUGCAGCUGAAGGCCCAGCAGAGACAGAGAAAGGAGCGAGAGUUGACGAUGAAGAGAAAGAGAGCGUCCAAGAAACUUCCAUUGUCGAAGAUCGAGGCAAGAAGCACAAGGAGAAGUCCGUUGCGGGGCCAAGUUACAUUCAAUGAGAAGAUGUUCCAACUUCUCGACGAGUACGGUAUAAAAUCGUUCCGAGUGGAGACCGCAGACUACACGGUCCGCGCCUACGCCGAUCCGGAGAGAACGCGCUUCUCUUCGAUCAACCUGCUCGAUGUGCCCGAAUACAACGAGACGAUUCGCCGGAAACCAGCGAGGCCCCCGUUUGUUUAUAGUGUACGUACUACAAUAUUUGUCGCUUCUGCCUCCAAUCCGAGCUCUCUUUCAGCGAUCAAUCCAGGCGCCAAAACGCAGUAUGAUCUUGCGAUCACUCCCGUCAAAAAGGACAGUUCAGGAGAAAAAGAUGCGUCUCGAGAGGUUACUGUGA